AUGACAAGCUAUUCUCAAGGCGAAAAUGCAUAUAAUUCGAACACUUUUGGUAAAUCGCUGUCUCUGAGGGUUGACGGUGGGUUCAACGCAGUUUCCAUAAGUCCCUCGGGAAGGGACGUUGUAUUGGCCAGCAGACAGGGAUUAUUCAUUGUGGACUUAGAUGAUCCGUUUUCUGCUCCCCGUUGGUUGCACCAUCUUACUUCGUGGGAAGUAGCAGACGUGCAAUGGUCGCCACACCCGUCGAAAUCAUCGUGGGUUGUCUCGACGUCAAAUCAAAAAGCACUGGUGUGGAAUUUGUCAAAAAGCUCGUCCAACGCCGUCGAGCAUGUGUUACAUGGCCAUUUCCGUGCUAUAACAGAUAUUAAUUUCCAUCCUCAGCAUCCAGAAAUACUGGCUACUUGUUCGAUCGAUGCGUAUGUGCACUCCUGGGACAUGCGUUCACCAAAAAGGGCGUAUUAUAGCGCGAGCGUAUGGUCUGCUGGCGCGUCGCAAGUGAAAUGGAACUAUCAGAACCCAAAUGUUAUGGCAUCGGCACAUGCAAACGACAUUUACAUCUGGGAUCUGCGAAAAGGUUGUACGCCGCUGCAUGUUCUUAAGGGCCACGCAAAUAACGUCAACAGUAUUGAUUUUAGUCGUACCAGUGAGACAGAGAUUAUGACAAGUGCCAACGAUGGCACCGUCAAGUUUUGGGAUUAUUCAAAAAGCUUUCAAGAACCACAGCGAACCGUGGUAACGGACUUCCCCGUGGCCAAAGGACGGUAUCUGCCAUUUGGAAAAGGUUUUUGCGUUAUGCCUCUAGUUGGUGGUAACAAUUCGGUUUAUUUAUCCAGUAGCGUAACAGAGGGCGAACCCGGAGCAAUGUCUAAAUUUCAACCAAUCUAUGUUUUCAAGGGCCACAACGAUCGAGUUUCGGACUUUUUAUGGAGAGUACGACAUAGCACUGAUACUAAUGUUGACGACCGAGAAUUUCAGCUGGUGACUUGGUCCAAAGAUAACGAUCUUCGCUUAUGGCCAGUCAACGAAACUACCUACGAUAAAGUCGACUUCCAACGAUUCCAACCUGUUGAUCACCCGCCUGUCAAUCACGAAUAUCGUACAUUUCGUCAAGAACCUCUAGAAUCGCAGAGCUUACCCAGCUUUGCACAUUAUCCCAGAGAACACUUUGUAACGAACUCCGGCUUCGAAGAUUCUCACGACAAGAAUAAGAUCAAUCAUCUGGCUUGGGUUUCAGGUGUAAGGAUGCACCAUGCUGAUUCCCCACGCAGCCUAUUUGAUUUGGACAAACUACAAAACUUAGGGGAAGAAGUCAGCAUGAUUGGCCACAAGUUUCCCAAAGUCAUCUUUGAGAAGAUCUCGGUGUCCACUGGGACUUUGACACUGACAUUAUGCGGUCCUUGGUCUGAGCAAAAUCCAGAAGAUUUUGUGUUUCUAAGGAUCGAAACAGUUUUUCCUCCAAACUAUCCUCGUAAGAGCGCUCCACGAUUCAAAAUAGAGGAAAAUCGUGAAUUGGACUCUUCGAGAAUCAAGGAGAUCACGGAGCAGCUUCAAGAGAUAGCACGCGGGUACACAAAUCUUGGGAAAUACUGUUUAGAACCAUGCUUGCGCUUCCUAUUGGGCGAGAAGAUAAACCUUGAUACGCUGCAAGAAGAAGAACAAUUGCUGAACUUAGAUGUCGUUGACUAUUUGGGUUUGAAUGAUCUCUCUUCUCUGGAAAGCUCGGAUAUGAGGUCUGGUGCCAUCUCAGAGGAGUCAAGGACAUCUGAUGAAAAUGAAGAGGAUCUCGAUAAUAAGAGUAGCAACGACGGGUUCGUUUCUCACUCUGCGCAGACCUUGGAAAUUGAUUCAACUCCAAUACCAAAGGGUUGUGGCGCUACUUGGGCUCCUUCAGGUAAGCUCGUUUGCUUCUUUACCCUUGAAGGAAAAUCCGAUAAGAAGCAACAAAGCAUGUUGAGGCUAGGUCAACGUGGCCCUACUAGCCUAAAGGUCAAAAAUACACCGGAACAGCUAUAUGAUGAGAAAACAGAGGUAGCCUCUAGGCGUCCUAAGCGCUAUGUCGAAACACUUUCAGCAUCUUCCGCCCACAAUAGUGAAACAGGAGUCUCUGGGAGCGACACCGAUAGUGACACCAGCUCUGACAGUUUUGGAGACGAUUGGGAUGAUAUUAUGCGCACAGAUAUUACUUUGCGGACAAAGAUGCCAAUGCUUUCCAACUUUGGCAGGUCACUGGCGUCUGCGCCGUCUGAUGACGGGAAAAGCAACGUGUCUCCGCCGAAAGCUAAAAACGUUGUUUAUGUUCACGAUUAUAGCCACUUGAUCGCAGACAGGAGGCAACUUGCGGUUGACUACAAGUUCACUGGGGAAUCUUUAGAGGCGGUUUGCAAGCACAACGCUCAGGUCGCAGAUUCUAAUGGGCUAGAAGAUAUUGCUCAUUGUUGGAGAAUGGUCGGGAAUUUACUCAUAGACCGUGAAGAGAGGUACAAUGCCAAUUUUGGGUGGCAUCAUACCGCUCGAGGUGAUAAAUGGUUUGUCAAAGAGGCAAUGAAUUACUUCGAAAGGUCCAAAAACGUGCAGAUGCUGGCCAUGUUUAGUUGCAUACUAAUGAACCCGUCACUAGAGAAACUAACCAGGGGAACGGGUCGAUCGAGUCUAGGUGAAAAGAAUGUCAUCACCUUUGAGUGUGAUGAUCAAAGUAACUUCUCGCGAUCUCGUCAUCAAUCAGUGACGUCAUCCUUGAGGUCCGAGGACUACUUUUCGCCGCACCACUCCAGUGUUAGGCCGCUGCGAUCACGACUGUCAAAUUCACACACUCCUUCGGAGAUCGUUGGGCAGCAUUCGUUUUUGCCGGACAUUAAAAUCGAAAUUUUGAACAACGAUGGACUUGACUAUAUGGAUGGAAAAGCACUCGCGCUUUUGGAUCCUGCUGACGAACCCAAGUAUCGGUCAUACCGAUACCAGUAUGCGGAGCUUCUUUUCUACUGGGGUCUUCUCAUUAACAGAGCAGAGCUUUUGCAAUUUAACAACACAAACGAGCACUUUCCACCAGAAUUGUGGCACCACUCUUCGAGCUGUGAGCUGGAUACCUGUGGCGAAACCAACUACACCGGAGUUUCCUACAAAACGCUGGAAAACGACUCAGAUUUCCUGACAACGCGCAUCUGCAAUUUCUGCGAGCUACAAGUCUCGGGAAGAGGUUUUGUAUGCGGCAAUUGUCAGCAUAUAAUGCACGCACACUGUGCCAAGCUAUGGUGGGAGCAGAGUGACGAAUGUUCCUCUGGCUGUGGUUGUAGGUGUAUUGAGAUGUUCGAUGUCGUGUGA